AUGAAUAUUAUUCAUUGGUUACACCAGAUUGAAAUGAUGUCCUCUAUGACCGAUCCUCUCAAAACUCUCAAAAACAGCCGUAAAGAUUGUAUUUAUAAAAUGCUUCAGCCGAUGCGGGCGAAUCACCGCACGCACGAGUGCGUACUGCAUCCCGCCUUCUGGAAUAAGCUAACAGAAGAAGAUAAAAACGAAUUUAAUAAAUUAAAAGCCCAUUUUCAUCAAAAUAUCAGUUCAUCAGGUAAAGAUAGAAGAGUGGUAACCUUUGCGAAUGAACUCAUGGCAGUUUUAAAGUUCCUAGACAGAGAUUUAAUACAUAGAGAAGAAAGAUGUAUACUAACAGGAAUUUGUUUUGCAGGACCUUUCAUUUGUGUAAAUACUCGACAACUUAAAACCUUCUUAGGUCGAUGUAAAUCAUCAAUCAAUGGAUCUUUUCAACAAAUGGGGUAUGUAGCACUACGAACUAAAGCAAAAGCACGUAAUUGUAUUAUUUCAAUUCUUAAACCUCUUAUGAAUGAGCCAGCCAUAUUAAGGCAAUGGACAGUCAGAAGAGCAUCCGACCAUACAGAGUUUUGCUAUCUUUCAUCGUUUUCUGUGAGUUUAUUACCAGAAGUCACAGAAGAUGACUUAGAUACAGAGCCUGUAGCAAAUAACAAAUCUGCCCAACAUCAAAUGCCAUUACCACCACCUAUAAAGAAGAUAUCUCAGCAACAACUUGUGCAAUCAAUAAUUCAAGAAAAACCACAUGUUCAAAUACAAGAAAAGCCUCCUGAAAUAAUGAAAUCAGUAUCCUUUUCAUACUCUCUAGAGAGACUAAAUACUUUAGACGAUUCUGAAUGGGAAAUGCAUCCAAUAGACGAAGGAGGAAUCCCUGAUAGCUUAGAAUUAGAUAUUUCUAACUUUGGGAAAAUGACUAGAUCUGUAUCUGCUAGUUUAGACAUCUCUGGUGAUUGGCUAAGACGUGAAGAUGAUUGGACGUUGAUAGAUUUAUAG